AUGGCUCCGUUUCGUGUACUGAGCUUCGAUAUUGAGUGUGCAGGUCGUAAAGGACACUUUCCAGAGCCUAAGCAUGAUCCUGUAAUCCAGGUAGCUAACAUUGUUACUCUUCAAGGAGAGAAUGUGCCAUUUGUUCGUAAUGUAAUGACUCUAAAGUCAUGUGAUCCAAUUGAAGGAGCAAAUGUUAUGUCUUUUGAAAUCGAAAGAGAAGUCUUAUUAGCUUGGAGGGAUUUCAUUCGAGAAGUUGAUCCUGAUAUCAUAAUUGGCUACAACAUCUGCAAAUUUGAUAUACCGUAUCUGAUUGAGAGAGCUGCAACAUUAGGGAUAUCGGAAUUUCCUUUUCUUGGUCGCGUAAAGAAGAGCAACGUCUGUGUCAAGAACGCACAUUUUUCAUCAAGACAACAUGGAACAAGAGAAAGCAAAGAGAUUACAAUCGAAGGAAGACUUCAAUUUGACCUUUUUCAGGCAAUACAGAGAGGUCAUAAAUUAAAUUCUUAUUCACUAAACUCUGUCUCAGCUCACAUUCUUUCAGAGCAGAAAGAAGAUAUCAAUCACUCUAUUAUAACCGAUCUCCACAACGGUAAUGUUACAACUAGAAAGCGCCUUGCUGUUUAUUGUUUGAAGGAUGCAUAUCUACCACAGAGGCUUUUAGACAAACUGAAGUAUAUAUAUAGUUAUGUCGAAAUGGCUCGUGUAACCGGUGUCCCUAUCUCCUUUCUCCUUUCUAGAGGACAGAUGAUAAAGGUUCUAUCUCAACUUCUUAGGAAAGCUAAACAGAGGAAUCUGGUUCUUCCUACUUCUGAUAAGUUUGAAUUUGAACAAGGAACUACUUAUGAAGGCGCAACUGUUUUAGAAGCAAGAACAGGUUUCUAUGAUAAACCAAUUGGAGCUCUUGAUUUCGCUUCAUUGUAUCCGUCAAUUAUGAUGGCAUAUAACCUAUGCUAUUGCACCUUGGUGACGCCUGAAGAUGUACGUAAACUGAAUCUUGCACCUGGACAAGUCAAUAAAACUUCUUCUGGAGAAAUAUUUGUUAAGCAAAGUUUGCAAAAGGGAUUAGUUCCAGAAAUUCUUGAAGAGCUUAUUACUGCACGCAAAAGAGCUAAGGCAGAUUUAAAGGAAGCUAAGGAUCCGCUUGAGAAGGCUGUUUUGGAUGGUAGACAACUAGCUUUAAAGUUAAGUGCAAAUUCUGUAUAUGGGUUUACUGGAGCUACUGUUGGGAUGUUACCAUGCUUAGAAAUAUCCUCAAGUGUAACAAGCUAUGGUCGACAAAUGAUUGAAGAAACAAAAAAACUAGUGGAAGGUAAAUUCAGAACAUUGAGAGGGUAUGAGCACAAUGCAGAGGUUAUAUAUGGAGACACGGAUUCGGUCAUGGUUCGAUUUGGAGUUUUGGAUGUAGAAACUGCAAUGAAGUUGGGGAGGGAAACUGCUGAACAUAUUAGCACAACUUUACCAAAUAUGCUGGUUUGCUUUGGACAAAUUCAGAAAAAUUUGACAAAAUGGAUACCAAAGGGUCUAACCAAAUCAGGAGAUGACUAUGAAGUUAGAUCAGCUCAUGUUGAACUUGCUGAACGCUUGCGUAAGAGGAAUGCUGCAACAGCACCAAGUGUUGGUGAUCGAGUACCAUAUGUUAUUGUAAAAGCUGCUAAAGGUGCCAAGGCUUAUGAGCGGUCAGAAGAUCCGAUUUACGUGCUGGAGAACAACAUACCUAUAGAUACAAAUUACUACCUCGAGAAUCAGAUUAAGAAGCCGAUUCUUAGGAUUUUUGAGCUGGUUUUAGAAAAUGCAAGCAAUAGACUUUUCAAUUUCAGUGGACGUCACAUGAGGUCAAAAUCAAUUGAUACUCCUUCAAACAUUGGCAUAAUGAAAUUUGCCAAGAAACAACCGACUUGUAUGGGCUGCAAAGCUCGAAUCAGAAACGGCACAGUGUGCUCAGAUUGCGAGGGAAGAGAAGUCGAGUUACAUAUUAAACAAGUGUGUCAAGUGGCAGAGCUAGAGGAGCUUGUUGGGAGUCUAAGGUCACAUUGUCAAGAGUGCCAAGGCUCUUUUCACCAAGAUAUCUUGUGCACCAGUCCAAUAUUUUAUCGGAGAGUGAAAGCGACCAAAGACUUGGAGGCUACUAAGCAACAAUUCGACCGUUGGAGCUUCUAA